AUGGAAAAAUUAAAACAAGAGGAAAAACAAACAAUGGAUCUAGUGGAGGUAAAAGAACAUGCUAAAAAGAUGCUGAAAAUGGAACUACAAAAAUUAGAGGACUCAAUUGAGGAAACUAGAAAGAAGAUGAAAUCAAUCUCUAUUGCAUCGAAAUGCGUAAAGGCUGCUCACUCUUAUCUUUGUGAGAAUGUUUCUGGACAAAAGUUGGCCACUCUCACAGUAUCUCCUCUUGAGAAGAGAUUGGAAACUUUUGUGUGGUUCCUGCAGAAUAAUAAUGCUCCUAGCGAAUCAGUUGCUAAGGAAGCCUUGACUGAAUUUUACAAAUUAUGUUCCACUCUUGAAGAGGAGUUUUAUCAUUACGAAAAAUAUUGGAUAACAAUCACUGAGCUUCUCCUAGACUCUCUUAAAGUGUCAAGACCAGAUAUUCAAUUCUUGCAAUUGGGAAUCAUUUCCGAACUUUGUAGAAAAGAAGAAUAUUGUCAAAUUGUUAAAGAAAGAAAUGGAUUCGAUCAAGUAGCCAGACUGCUCAAAUCUAUUAAUGAAAAUGUGAACGGGGAAGCAUGCUCAACAAUUACAGCAUUUUCUGUCACUGCCGAGAAUAGAAGACAUCUAGGUCAAAUAGGAGUUAUCCAAAACUUACUGGAGCUGAUAUGGAGAACCCAAAAUGAAGAAGUAAUGGAUAAAGCCAUCACAGCUAUUUGGCAUCUAUCUAUUGAUGAUGAAAAUAAGGUUCUGAUUAGGAAUAAUCAAGGAAUACCAACUAUAUGUUCUCUUUUGAAAACAAACAAUAUAAGCGUUUUGGAAAAUACAACUAUUGCGUUAGGCUAUCUUACUAGAGAUGACGACAACAAAAUUACAGUACGAGAGUCACAAGGUCUUUCUCUUCUUUUAGAUGUUCUCAAAUUCCCAAAUGAAGGUUUGCAGAGUAAGGCUGCAGGAGCUCUCUGGAAUUGUGCUUCGAACACAGAGAAUAAGAUGACACUUCGUGAGUUGGGAGCUAUUUCAAUAUUGCUUGAUUUGUUGGCCUCAAAUAAUCCUGGGGUCCUUGAAAAUGUUACUGGAUGCUUGUGGAACCUUGCUGUUGAUAACGACAACAAGAAGGAGAUUUAUGAAAAGGGAGGAAUUCCAAAACUUGUACAACUAUUGACAUAUGAAAAUGAAGCAGUGAUUGAAAAUAUUACUGGAACUCUUUGGAAUUGUGCAUCCCAAGCAGAGGUCAAGGUGAUUAUCAGAAAGACAAAUGGUCUUGAGCCACUUUUGCAUUGUCUUCAAUCUGACAAUGAAAAUAUUAGAGAAAAUGCUAUUGGUGCUUUGAGAAAUUGUGCCAUCAAUGACCAAAACAAACAAACUAUUGGUGAAAUUGGAGGUCUGGAAUUAAUGCUUGCAAUUUUGGAGAAGGAAACUAAACAAUCAAUCAUUGAAAAGCUAGCAAGUACUAUGUGGAUCUGUAGCAUUGACAAUAUGAACAAGAAACUCAUUAGAGAAUGUCAUGGAUUCCCAUUAUUAGUUGGCAUGUUAGAGAACUCUUCGUUAUCAGUUGUUGAAAAAAUUCUGGGCAUUUUAAGAAAUUCUUCCACUGUUGAACUAUACAUCAGAAAAAAUGAACGUGAAAGUUGUAUCAAACGACCAGAAGUACAUUCCAAUAAUCCUUAA